GGUAUGAUGAAGAAUUUUAAAGAAUGGCUUUCUUACCAGUCUGUAUCUAAGUCAUUGCUCUCCGCAAGGCCAUUCAGCUUCUUUUAUGAUGAAUCAUCAGAAAGAGAGUGUUGUCACCAUGGCACAACGGACAUUGUAGCAGGUGCAGUGAUUCCUUCUCAAGAAGCUCAAAGUGAGAACCUAGUAAACAUAACAUCAGCCGCUACUCAGCCUCCUGUGACUGAACCUUCGGUUCUAGCUCAAUUUAAUAGAAACCAAGGGAACAAUGAUCCUUUGGCUCAAGUUGAGACAUAUCAGAUCAACUUCCUCCGUCUUGUCCAACAAAUUGGGCAGUCACCAGCAAAUGCUGUUGUUCCUCAGGUCCUAUACCGGUUAGAACUUGCAAACUUGAUACGAGCUGGCGAAUCUAGUACAAAGAAGACUGGCCUUAAGAUUGAUAAAGCAAGAGCUGUAGCAUUAGCUCUGGAGGAGUCAGGCCAAGAUGAUGUUAACUUCUCUUUAAAGAUACUUGUACUGGGAAAGACUGGUGUGGGUAAGAGUGCAACCAUAAACUCUUUAUUUGAUCAGGCAAGAGUAACCACCAAUGCAUUUCAACCUUCAACUGAGAGUAUUCAGCAGGUUUUUGGGACUAUCAAAGGAAUCAAAGUCACAAUUAUUGAUACACCAGGCCUUUUACCUUGGAAUAACAACCAGCGUAGGAACAGGAAGAUCUUGACUGAUGUUAGAAAGUUUAUCAGGAAAUCCCCUCCAGAUGUCAUUCUCUAUUUUGAACGACUUGAUUUUUAUAACAGGGGCUACUAUGAUUUCCCGUUACUUAAACUUAUCACGAAAGUAUUUGGUUCUUCCAUCUGGUUUAACACUAUUCUUGUCAUGACACAUUCUUCAUCUCCUUUACCAGAAGGAAUGAAUGGCUAUCCGGUAGGCUACGAGGAAUUUGUAGGCCAGUAUACAAACCUUCUGCAAUCAUAUAUACACCGAGCUGUGUCCAAUACUCAGCUUGAGAAUCCUGUUCUUUUAGUGGAGAAUCAUCCCUUGUGCAUGAAAAAUUCCAACGGCGAGAAGGUACUUCCCAAUGGCCAGGCUUGGCUGUCACAGCUUUUGCUGUUAAGCAUAGCUACAAAGGUGUUGGGUGAUGUAAAUUCCCUUCUUAAGUUUCAAGACAGCUUUCAGUUAGUAAAGUUUGAUAGUCUCAGACAGCCUUCAUUACCACAUCUCCUGUCAUCACUUCUUCAACCACGAUCUUCUUCGGCCACUAUUGGUGGAAAUGAUGUUGAGGUGGAUGACCUAUCUGACAGAGAGGAGGAUGAAUAUGAUCAGCUUCCACCUAUCCAUAUCCUAACCAAGGCCCAGUACCAGCAACUAUCCAGAUUGCAGAAAAAUGCUUAUCUUGAUGAAUUGGACUAUCGUGAGACUUUGUAUCUAAAGAAACAAUGGAGAGCAGAGGUUCGAAGGCAGAAAGAAAACAUGAUUCCAAAUAUUGGUGUAUCUGAAAGCAGUGAAUAUGAAGACAGCUAUUCAAAUGAGGUUGUCCAGCUGCCGGACAUGGCUAUUCCACUAAGUUUUGACUCCUACUGCGCUUCUCAUAGAUACCGCUGUUUGCUGGGAACUAAUGAAUGGCUUCUUCGGCCUGUUCUGGAUUCCCAUGGAUGGGAUCAUGAUGUUUGUUUUGAUGGGAUCAGCUUGGAUUUUUCUAAAGAAAUCAAGAGAAAUCUCACUGCUUCGGUUGCAGGACAGAUGAGGAAGGACAAGGAGGAUUUCAGUGUCCAAUCAGAUUCUGGAGUAUACUUUGUGCAUGGAAGGUGCCUUUUUCUUUCAGCUUUUGAUAUUCUAACGGCAGGUAAGGAUUUGGUAUGCACAUUUCGUGGAGAUGCCAAGUUCAAGAAUUUGAAGUGCAACACUACAGGAUGCGGGCUUUCUCUUACUUCAUAUGGCAAAAUGCAGUUUAUUGGAGCCAAGCUCGAGGAUUCCAUUUCACUUGGAAGGAGGUUUAAGCUUAUAGCCAAUACAGGCAGUCUUGUAGGCAAUAGUCAAGUGGCAUACGGUGGAAGCUUGGAGGCAACAUUAAGAGGAAAGGAUUUUCCCGUGAGAGAUGAGAAAGUGACCGUUGCUGCUAACUUCCUUUCAUUUGAUAAAGACAUGGUCCUUGGAGGAAGUUUGUUGGCUGACUUCCGGGUAGGUCGUGUUGCAAAGAUGUCCUUCAAUGCAAAUAUGAACAGCAGAAGCUUAGGUCAGAUUUCAUUGAAGGCCAGCACAUCAGAACAUUUUGAAUUGGGUUUAAUAGCGGUUGUUUCACUUAUUCAAGCUAUGUUCCAUCGGAGAAAUAAUAGCCAUGUGUGGGAAAAGUCAUGAAUCAUUUAAUCAACCAAUGUAGUGCAAUUGUGACACCUCUUCAGUGUAUUUUACUUGAUAUUUGGACAGCUUCUAUUUCGAGGAAGGGAAAUCAGCUGAUCAGUAUCUAAAUCUAUUAAUACUAGCACAUGUUUCUAUUCGGUUUGCAGAUCAUUUCUCGCAGCCACUUAUUUGGAAAAAAACUGAAAAAUAAUGGCUUCCACUUGAUUUUAAGUUAUGUGACUAAUAUCCCAAGUUUUGUUCAUAGGAUAUGUACUGUUGUUGACCAAGUUUUGGUCAUAGUGAAAAAAACUUAAUGUAGCUCAGGAAGUGUCAUGCUUA